AUGAUCAACGAUGAACGUAUCAUGAUCUUCUCGGGCGAAUUUCACCCUUUCCGCCUUCCCGUUCCUGGGUUGUGGCUAGAUGUCUUCCAGAAGAUCAAAAGCAUGGGUUUCAACGGUGUCUCCUUCUACACCGACUGGGGUCUUUUGGAAGGCAACCCAGGAAAUGUUAUGAUCGGCGACAACGGUAUUCACAAUAGCACUGAUAUCUGGAAUCUUGAUGAAUUUUUCGCUGCUGCUUCUGAGGCCGGAAUCUAUCUCAUCGCACGACCCGGUCCAUAUAUCAAUGCCGAAACCUCUGCUGGGGGCAUCCCCGGAUGGGUCUUACGUAUUAAAGGAGCCAUUCGAUCAAUGAGUCCCGACUAUGUGGCUUCCAUCAAGAACUACAUGUCGAAAGUUGGAAAGGUCAUUGCCGAUGCACAGAUCACGCGAGGGGGGCCGGUUAUCAUGGUCCAGCCAGAGAAUGAGUAUACUACUUGGCCAGGGCUGACGGAGGAGGAAUUCCCAUCACAGAUGAAUCGUGAAGUUAUGGCGUUGAUGGCGGAAGAGUUGCGUGCUGCGGGUGUGGAAGUGCCCAUGGCAAUGAACGACAACGAAGUGGAAGGAUACUUCGCACCUGGAACCGGACUGGGUGAGGUAGAUAUUUAUGGAAUUGAUGCUUACCCCAUGCGGUAUGACUGUGCACAUCCGGAUGUUUGGCCAACGUACAGAUUUCCUUAUGAUUGGAAUAUCUUGCAUGAAGAGCAGAGUCCCACGACGCCGUUUACCAUUAUGGAGUUUCAAGGAGGGUCAGGCGGGGGAUGGGGAGGAGUCACUGAGGAAGGAUGUGCAAUGCUGGUCAAUCACGAAGCCUCUCGAGUGGUGUACAAGAACAACUACAGCUUUGGAGUUAAGAUCUUCAACAUCUACAUGACUUACGGUGGUACAAACUGGGGAAAUCUGGGAUACCAUGGGGGUUAUACCUCCUAUGACUACGGUGCCUCCAUCGCUGAGGACCGAACCCUCACGCGUGAAAAGUACAGCGAACAGAAACUGCAAGCCAACUUCUUUAAAGUAUCACCGGCCUAUCUAACGGCAACCCCAGGGAUUGGCAAGAACGGCUCGUACACAGACAACCCAGGAAUCGCUGUCACUCCCCUGGUUGGAAAUGGCACCAAAACAAAUUUCUACGUUGUUAGACAUGCUGAUUUUACAUUCACGGGCAGUGCAAGAUACAGACUAACUGCGUCGACCAGUAUCGGCAAUUUCACCAUUCCACAGCUGCAUAAUACAACAUUGUCAUUGAACGGACGUGAUUCCAAGUUACACGUCACAGAUUAUGAUGUUGGAGGCAUUAACAUGAUCUAUUCCACGGCGGAGGUAUUGACAUGGGCACAUAGCCUUGGCCCGACCCGCGUAUUGGUUCUAUAUGGUGGAGAAGAUGAAGUGCAUGAAAUUGCACUCUCGCAGGCAUUAUCCAAACCAGUCAUUCUAGGCGGUCCAGUCUCUGGUAUUGUAAUCAGACAACAACAUGGUGCAUGGGUUAUUCAAUGGAGAGUAACAGCUACUCCUAGGGUGAUCCAGGUUGGAGAUCUUGAGGUUCAUCUUCUAUGGCGUAAUGAUGCUUCACCAUCAAAAGAUCUCAUCAUUGUGAAAGCAGGUUACCUUGUUCGGACUGCAACAAUUCAGAACAACCUCCUAGUUUUGAGUGGAGACGUCAAUGCAACAACCACCAUUGAGGUCAUAUCCACGCCACAAGAAGUAAAUGGUGUGGUGUUUAAUGAUCAAUUUCUCAACACUACGCUUUCAUCCAGAGGUAAGCUUCAUGGACUAAUCCAGUACAAUCCGCCCACAAUUACCCUUCCCACUCUCCAUGAUCUUGAAUGGAGGUAUCUCGAUACCCUUCCGGAGAUUGAUCCCUCGUACGAUGACGAGGCCUGGAAGGUUCUCAAUCAAUCCUGGACCAACAACCCUCGGAACCUCACUACUCCAACCUCCCUUUAUGCGCUUGACUACGGCUACCACACUGGGUCUUUCCUUUACCGAGGGCAUUUUAUUGCUAACGGGCAGGAGAGCUUCCUUUUUCUAAAUAUCUCCGGCGGGUCGGGCUUCGGGUAUUCCAUCUGGUUGAACGAUAACCAUCUCGAUUCUUGGGCAGGAAGCAGUGAUACUUCGUUCUAUGCGCAGAACAUUUCACUUGUUCCCACUGCGAACCUUGCGGCUCUCUCUCCGGGAAAGCCCUACACCAUCAGCAUCUUAAUUGACCACAUGGGGUACGACGAGGAGGCCCCAGGCACAGACGCAAUAAAGUUCCCGCGCGGCAUCUUGGACUACUCCCUUUCUGGUCAUGAGCAUCAGUCUGACCUACACUGGAAGAUGACGGGAAACCUUGGCGGCGAGCAGUAUCGCGAUCUCAUCCGUGGCCCUCUCAACGAGGGCGCCAUGUUUGCUGAACGACAGGGCUACCAUCUACCCUAUCCUCCGAGCAAUACAUGGGAAAUGCGAAGCCCGUUUACGAAAGGGAUCGAGAAGCCAGGGGUUGGAUUCUUCACCACGUCCUUUCCCCUGGACCUACCGACAGGAUAUGACAUUCCGCUACGGUUUGUAUUUGCCUUCAAUGGCUCGACAGACGACGUACAUACGCGUAAUUAUCGUUGUCAACUCUAUGUGAACGGCUUUCAGUUUGGGAAAUUUGUCAACAACCUUGGCCCGCAAACGGAUUUCCCUGUGCCCGAGGGAAUCCUCAACUACAAUGGGAUCAACUAUAUAGCAGUGACGCUGUGGGGCCUGGACGGUGGAGCGAUGCUUGGGCCAAAUGGCUUGCAACUUGUCGCGUCGCGGCCUAUUUGGUCAGGGUAUCGGAAACCAGUUGCGGUGGAGUGGCCAGGAUAUGUGAAGAGAAGGGGGGCAUACUGA